AUGUGGAUGCUCAGUGAAUGUUUGGCCGGACGCGUUCCCUGGCAGGCGGAACAACAUAGCGCACACCGAGCUUAAGCUGCAGCGGGCAAGAGCCACGGCGGCCUUGGGGGCAGCUACAAAGGUGACACACGCAGGGUGAUCGUAUACGAAAUGGAGAACUUCCAGGGCAAGCGGUGCGAGCUCUCGGCUGAGUGCCCCAACCUGACGGAGAGCCUGCUGGAGAAGGUGGGCUCCAUCCAAGUGGAGUCUGGGCCGUGGCUGGCGUUCGAACGCAGGGCCUUCCGUGGCGAGCAGUUUGUCCUGGAGAAGGGGGAUUACCCUCGCUGGGACGCCUGGUCCAACAGCCACCACAGCGACAGCCUCCUGUCCCUCCGGCCCCUGCACAUCGAUGGCCCGGAUCACAAGCUGCACCUGUUUGAGAACCCAGCUUUCAGCGGCCGCAAGAUGGAGAUAGUGGAUGACGACGUGCCCAGCCUCUGGGCGCAUGGCUUCCAGGACCGCGUGGCGAGCAUCCGGGCCAUCAACGGGACGUGGGUUGGCUACGAGUUCCCCGGCUACCGUGGGCGCCAGUACGUGUUCGAGCGGGGUGAGUACCGCCACUGGAACGAGUGGGACGCCAACCAGCCGCAGCUGCAGUCUGUGCGCCGCAUCCGGGACCAGAAGUGGCACAAGCGGGGCUGCUUCCUCAGCAGCUGA